AUGCUCCGCCACCUCGUCCUCGUUGCCUUCUUGGCAUCCCCAACCCUCGGACUCUCCUGCUACGGAUACAACGCCUACGAAGGCGUCUUCAAGACCCUCCAUCACCGGACCUUCUGCACUUCGCUCUUCGACGUCGCCACUGGAUCCGAAGCCUUCGGAGGUGGAGAUCGUCACCCAUCGAAGGUGUCGGCCAUCGCCAACAUGCCAAAAGAGCAAGACUGUGUCCUCCAGGACAUGCCAAGCACAUUCGGGCUCCCAGCUGCCAAAAUGUGGAUGUGCUAUUGCUUCUCCGAGAUGUGCAACUUUCCGCUCUCCAUGGCAGAGUUCUCUGCCCGCGGACACACCAUCAAGCCAUUCUUGGCCAUGGAGCACGAUCAAUGA